AUGACGUUUUUCAACUCAAGUGGACAAUAUACUUUCACUCCAACAUACACCUUUUACCACGGGYUGCUGUUGAUUCUACCAUUACUGUUUGGGAUGGUUGGACUUGUUGGAAAUGUUCUCGUCCACUUCAUAAUAAGAAAGAUUUCCUACAGCAAGAAAGGCGUUACAGCCAAAAGAUCAUUCGGAAGACCCUACUUGACCAGAUAUUUUYUACAAAGUUUGAUCAUAUCAGAUAUAAUGUGCUCAAUCUUUGCGUCGCUUAUUAUGUCCUUGCAACUGUUCUACGACGCGCGACAGAAUCUUUGGUUUUGUCGACUUGCUCGGUUUCCUUUCUAUAUGUUCCCAAUGGUUACAAUCAACAAUCUCUUGGUUAUAGCAGUMGAGCGGUAUUUURCUAUCUUCCAUCCCCUGCGUAUCCCGAGAUCUMAYGUUAUCAAGAUUGURGUURUUCUUGCUUGGCUGGGUGGAAUCAUUAGCGCGGGCAGUUUGACAACGCUGGUUCAAUUAGUACCCUAUAAACUCGACGGAACAAAUUGGACGUACGCCUGUGUUCCAUGUGCUAAAAUGUCAUGGAGAAAAACACUGUUUAUUGUCGUUAGCCUGUUCCAAUAUUACAUCCCAAACCUGAUUCUCAUAUUCGUUUCUUUCUCGAUUGUACGAUUUCUUCGCAAGCGYAAAUCAKUCAGUCAAGCUGGAAAGCUGYGUCACAUCAAUAGUUCUUUAACAGGUCGAUUCGUAAGAACAAAGAUGUUCCUCAAAGUCUUUUUAGCAUUUUCUUUACCGUACUCGGUAUUCUUUUGCUAUAGUUUAAUCAAAUUUGUUCUAGAAUUGAAGCUUAAUUACCAAAAUGACUUUAUUGUUCGCUACAUUGGCGGGUUUCUUGCUCUCUUGAACAGUUCAAUGAAUCCAUUUAUUUACAUUGGAAACUCUCAGUUUUUUAGAUACAGCACGAAGAAUAUGCUUCAAAAAAUCCCUUGUUUUAGGGGCCGAGCCAAAAUCAACGAUACUUCUUCGUUUACACUUAAUUCAAGGUACAGCAAGUAUUGUACAUCUACGAUUGAGCUCAARCAAAUACGAAUGAUGAAUUUAACGAACAAAUAG